AUGAGGGCUCCACCUUUCACGGAUGACAUCAAUGAGGAAAGGCUUCCCCCGAACUUCAAGCUUCCCUCCAUAUCUUCAUAUGACGGCCGAGGUGAUCCUGAGGAUCAUAUUCAUGCUUUCAUCUCGGCUUUCCGGAUAUAUUGCAUUCCCGACCCCGUCAUCUGUCGGGCUUUUCCAGUAUUCCUUCAAGGAACUGCUCGAAAAUGGUUCUGGGGUUUAGAACCUAGGAGCAUAUCCACCCUGGGGGAAUUAGUGGAGAGAUUUCUCUACCGAUUUGUAUCCUCUAGGCCUACGACCAGGACCUCGACUUAUCUGCUGAAUAUACAGCAGAAUCUAGGAGAGUCACUUCGGUCCUAUGUACAGAGGUUUCAUGAGAAGAGCGUGCAGAUAGCUGAUCCCAAUGAACAGGUUACAAUAGCUGCCUUUACCCACGGGUUCGUUGCCUGGGUAUUUAAUACUGGGAUACACAAGAAUUACCCCCGCACACUCAAGGACCUCUGGUCGAAGGUCGAAAAAGGCAUACAGGUCGAGGAUCUCAACUACAUGAAAAAAGAAGUCCAAACAGCUCGCUCGGGAACUGAUUCCCGAAGGAAGAAAGAAACCAGCCGAAGUGAAGCCGGUAUUGACGGUGGCUUCCAAAACCCUAACCGGGAUCGUCGAAAUGUAUUUGACAGGAUAGCCAAGGGGAAGUCACCUAUCCCUGAAUCCGAGCUAACCCCUUUAAACACCACCCGAUCUCGAGUACUCUCCGUAAUGGAGCAGAACAACUUCGAACGUGCCCCUCCAAAGAUGUUCGGGAGCAGAGACAAGAGAAACUUCAACCUCUACUGUCUGCAUCACCGGAACAUCGGACAUGAAACGGAAGACUACAACGACCUUAAAAGAGAGAUAGAGCACCUCAUCAAACAGGGGCACUUGAAACAGUUCAUCCGCCGAGAUGGAGGUCAUCAACGCAAUGACUCUCGACGUGAGGACCGAGAUGACCAAAGACGAGUAUCGAGAAGCAGCUGUCGACCCCUUGAGGAUCCUAGAGACGGGUCCUCGAGUCACAGACUAGGGUACGGGUCGAAUAUCGUCGGGGUCAUCAACACCAUUGCCGGAGAUCCGACGGGAGGAGAUAGUCAAAACUCCCGGAAGAGGACCUACAAGCAAGCCAACCCAGAUCAGGCCGAGUCGAGCUCUCGCCUAUUCGAAGUGAUCUUUUCCGGUUCCAGUGAUCCCGUCCCCGCUGCCUCUAGCAGCCAUGAAACUCUGUGA